AUGGCCACGUCUUCCAAUGUGAUAGAAUUUGACUGCUACGACUACUCAGCUGCCUUGGCUAGACUGUUCGAUGAUGCAGACUUGGACUACCACAAUCCUGCAGCUGACGAGGAAAAAGAACAACGUUCUUCAACAACUGUUAAACCCCAUGAGGACGCCAAAGAGUCGUCGAAAUCUUGGAUAUCACAGGACCCUUUUAACAAGCUCCUGAAGAAGGCCACCGACGCUAAAGGAGCGGCGUCGAAACCCGUCAUCUAUUUCAUAAAGCAAUUCUUCGGGGGAACCAAGCUCGUCUUUGUGACGGGUCAAACAGGGACGGGGAAAUCCACGAUACUGUCAGAGUUGACCGGGCUGGACGUCAGCAUCGGCACGCGAAACUACCAGAUUUGUCCAGCGAUCAUCAAGGGGGAGCAAUACCUCUUUAUUGAUACCGGUGGCUUUGGAGCCUCGGACCUGGACGACACGGAGAAUUUCGAGGAUAUUUUGCAAUGCCUCAACGCUCUUGGCCCGUUCGUGACGGUCGCUGUUCUUCUCCUGGUCGUCGGCUCCCCACCGUCCCGGUUCCGCGAGGACGAUAUCAAGAUUAUUCGCUGGGUCCAGUGCUUCUGCGGUCCCUCAUUCUUCAGAAACAUUACCUUUGUUACGAGCAAGUGGGACGAUUGGAGCCGGAAGUCAUUCCAAGAAGCCUGGAGGAGGCUGGAAACAGAGCUGCUGUUGCAUGACGACGUGUCCCGCCUCCUUCACCCACCAGGCCGCUAUCAUGGAGGCGUUGAUUAUCACCAUGGCUUUCCAGGAGGAAGGGGCUCUGCUGCUUCUUACGCCCUCCUCUUGGAUCGAGACGAUGACAAAGCGGCGCGAGGUGAUGAACUUCGCCGCAUGAUCCACACGAGAUAUGGAGGACCCAAGAAUUCGAAACCGGCAACGCUUCAGGUUGUUCGGGAGAUGAAUUCUGGCAUUCCCCAGCUGGAGACCGAGGCCGCCAAGGUCCUGAGAGCAAACGUCGUCGACACCGUCAUCUGCAUCCGCGAUGAUCGAGCUGUUGUUUCACGACCGGAACACAGGCCUCUCCUGCCGCUGGACUUGCCGCCACCACCACGGUCUUCGUCCAAUCAGGACGACAACAGCAACAGAAGGAAUGGCGAAAGCGCAUUCUGGAGGUGGCUCGAGAUCGCCAGACGGGCGGCCGCCUUUUACAAAGAGGCAAGAGAGAGGCAGUAUGAGUCUAGCAACCAAACAGGAAUUAAGCCUCUGUGGGAACUGGCGAAGGACUGGUUUCUGGGGUGGUGGGCAAACGGAUCCAAUAGCAAACCUGAGGCAGGUGGUUGA